UUAAGCGGACGGGGCGAGAGAAAGAUCUGUCUUUGUGGUGCAGGGGCUCUUGGGUGGUCGCGGAACUGGGCUCUGCGCUGGGAAAGGGAAGUGGAGGACUCUGGAGGAAGAUGAAUUUGGCUGAGAUUUGUGACAAUGCAAAGAAAGGAAGAGAAUAUGCACUUCUUGGAAACUAUGACUCAUCAAUGGUGUAUUACCAGGGGGUGAUACAGCAGAUUCAGAGACAUUGCCUAUCAGUCAGAGACCCGGCUGUCAAAGGCAAAUGGCAACAGGUUCGGCAGGAAUUAUUGGAAGAAUACGAACAAGUUAAAAGUAUUGUCAGCACUUUGGAAAGUUUUAAAAUUGACAAGCCCCCAGAUUUCCCUGUGUCUUGUCAAGAUGAACCAUUUAGAGAUCCUGCUGUUUGGCCGCCACCUGUACCUGCAGAACACAGAGCUCCACCUCAGAUAAGGCGUCCCAAUCGAGAAGUAAGACCUCUGAGGAAAGAAAUGGCGGGAGUAGGAGCCCGGGGACCUGUAGGCCGAGCACAUCCUAUAUCCAAGGGUGAAAAACCCUCUACAAGUAGAGACAAAGAUUGUAGAGCAAGAGGAAGAGAUGAUAAGGGAAGGAAGAAUAUGCAAGAUGGUGCAAGCGAUGGUGAAAUUCCUAAAUUUGAUGGUGCUGGGUAUGAUAAGGAUCUGGUGGAAGCUCUUGAGAGAGACAUUGUAUCCAGGAAUCCUAGCAUUCAUUGGGAUGACAUAGCAGAUCUGGAAGAAGCUAAGAAGUUGCUGAGGGAAGCUGUUGUUCUUCCUAUGUGGAUGCCUGACUUUUUCAAAGGGAUUAGACGGCCAUGGAAGGGUGUACUGAUGGUUGGACCCCCAGGCACCGGUAAGACUAUGCUAGCUAAAGCUGUUGCCACUGAAUGUGGCACAACAUUCUUCAAUGUUUCCUCUUCUACACUGACAUCUAAAUAUAGAGGUGAAUCUGAGAAGUUAGUCCGUCUGUUGUUUGAAAUGGCUAGAUUUUAUGCGCCGACCACGAUCUUCAUCGAUGAGAUAGAUUCUAUCUGUAGUCGAAGAGGAACCUCUGAUGAACAUGAGGCAAGUCGCAGAGUCAAGUCUGAACUACUCAUUCAGAUGGAUGGAGUUGGAGGAGCUUUAGAGAAUGAUGAUCCUUCCAAAAUGGUUAUGGUAUUGGCUGCUACUAAUUUCCCAUGGGACAUUGAUGAAGCUCUGAGAAGGAGACUAGAAAAAAGGAUAUAUAUACCUCUCCCAACAGCAAAAGGAAGAACCGAGCUGCUGAAGAUCAAUCUUCGUGAGGUUGAACUGGAUCCUGACAUUGAAUUGGAAGAUAUAGCAGAGAAGAUUGAGGGCUAUUCUGGUGCUGAUAUAACUAAUGUUUGCAGGGAUGCCUCUUUAAUGGCAAUGAGACGGCGAAUCAAUGGCUUAGGUCCAGAAGAGAUCCGUGCACUUUCUAAAGAGGAGCUUCAGAUGCCUGUUACCAAAGGAGACUUUGAAUUGGCUCUUAAGAAAAUUGCCAAGUCUGUCUCUGCUGCAGACUUGGAGAAGUAUGAAAAAUGGAUGGUUGAAUUUGGAUCUGCUUGACUUUCUGUCAGUUCUUUCAUUUCUGGUAUUUUUAUUUAUAAAAUGUGAAGAAAUUCCCUGUAGUUUUUUUUAAAAAACAGGUUUAGAACUUUUCAUUGGAGAGGUGCUUCCCUUAAAGGCAAAAAACUUAAAACCACAAAGAAUAUAUAUAUAGUUGGGAAAGAAGAAAAACUUGCACAGGGAGCCUGAUAGUCUCCCUCACCUGGCUUUGUGCUGGUAAUGCCACGUUUUCAUGCAUUGAUAUUGCACGUGCAAAAAAAAAAGGCAGCAUGUCAGGAGGCCAAAGAGCAAUCAGUGUGCUCAUGUAGAAGCUUGUUUACAAAAGGGUUAGAAGACCUCUCUUUCUCAGUUGCAUUUGUUGGUUUGAUUUUUUUUUUUCUAUUCUUCGCUCUGAGCGUGAGGGACCCAUGUAUGCUGACUUUUAACAUUAGAACUGGGUUUGUGUCAAAUUAAUUAUUGUUAAAAAUGAUGGUUUUGAAUUAAAUAAUUUGUUAAACCUUUAGAAUUCAACUCUUACUCUCACAGUCUAUCAUAUAGUUGAAUUUUUACCUUCCGUUCUCCCACCAUUUCUUCUAUUAACUAUCUGAUCCUUUACUCAGCUUCAUGAUGUCCUCAUGGCAUGUGGUCUUUGAAGUGUUUUGUCAGGUUGUUUCUCUGGUCUUUAGUAUUUUUUGCUGGCACUUAUGUUGGAAGGGUGGGGAGAAUAUUAUGAUUGCAUAAGAAGCACUUCUUCAUUCUUGAAUUCUAGAUUUGUUUUCACUUUCCGUUCAGUAUGUUCAAAUAGAUAAGCCUUUUAUUUUCCUCAGCUCUAACAAUGUUUGAUUUUUGCUGAACUUGACUUUCAUAUUCUAAAUAAAUACUUUGGUAUUCUAA